CUCGAUUGGUUGUGGCACCUCACGGUACGACUACGAGUACACACAUAUCCGAAGUUUGCAAAUUUGAACAUACUAUCGCCGUCUUCGCGAUAUCACUUGAAACGACAGGAGCCAAUUGGAUAGAGUCGCCAUGAGUGCAUCCAGCAGCGGCAGCAAAACUACCGUCACCUUGUCGAACGGCGUGGAGAUGCCGGUUCUCGCGCUGGGAUCGGCUCCCCUGUCGACCAGCAACGACGACACCUCCCAUUUCCACGCGCUGAAUUCCUUCAACGGGUUUUUGCCGGAACAGGCCUUUCGGAGCUUGCACGCCGCACUGGAGGCAGAUCCCGGCGGUGCCGAAUCCCAAGCGACUCCGGUGCACAUCGAUACCGCCAUGUAUUAUCGAACCCAUCCCCACGUUCGCCAAGUUUUGGGAAACGCGCUGGCUACCGGAAGGAAGCAGCGAUCCGACGUCUUUCUGACCUCCAAGGUCUUCCAUCCAAACUUUGGGGAUGCCUUUGGUUCGGAAGACCUCGGCCACUGUAUGCCGCUCGAUCCAAAGUGCGAAAUGACCUACGACGAUGUCUACAAGUUUGUCUAUCGCCAGUUCCAGCAAUCACUGAACGAGUGCGGGGUUGGAUACUUCGAUUUGGUCCUCUUGCACUGGCCGGGAAGAAACCACCCCGAGACCGAUGCCUCCCGAAACGCGCAGCACCGCCUUGCCGCUUGGAACGUCCUGGAGCACUGCUACUCGAAGGGGUGGGCCAGAUCGAUCGGCGUGUCCAAUUUCAGCGAGCACCACCUGGAAGAACUCCAGAGCAUGAACGAAGCCGCCAAGGCGAAGGACAAGGAAACGAACAACACCAAGAACGGCUCCGUGGCAGUUCGGCCACACGUCAACCAGAUCGAGGCCAGCGUCUUUCUCCAGCAUUCCAAGAUUCUGGACUACUGCCUGGCCCACGGGAUUGUUGCCGCGGCGUAUUCGCCCCUGGGAAGGGGGGUAACCCACGUCGCGACCAACACCGUGGUACAAGAUAUUGCGGGCAAGCACGGCAAGGACGCGGGGCAGGUCGCCAUCAAGUACCUCCUCCAGAAGGGCUACGGGUGCGUCGUCUUUUGGUCCACCAACCCCGAGCGCAUACGCAGCAAUCACCAACUCUACGAUUUCGAUCUGGACGAAACGGAGAUUGCAGUGCUCGAUGGAUUGAACCGGUCGGACGGAACGGGAACGUGGGGGCUCCUCUCGCCCUAUAAGAUCCCAUAGAGAAGAUGCUCUCCUGUAUUAGAGUACCGUGCAGUGUGGACCGGACCGAUCAGGACUAAAAUCGGUUCCCGAUUCUCUCCUGUAUUCGAGUGCCGUGCAGUGUGGACGGAACAGGACUGACAACGUUUCCCGAUUCAUUAUCGUCACUCUACGAGAUCGUCGUGCUACCAUACGGUUUUCUUCAUGAGGGUUAAGCAAUAGCCAAAGGUUUUAAGACGUAUUAGAUCACGGUGUUUCUUCUAGACGACUGCUUUCUUAUUGUUUCCGCGGUGACGAAACGUGGUAUCUCUUCUACACACUGUAUUUAGAUCUCUGAUAGACAAAGUCCAAUCCUUUCCUCUUGCGGAUGACAAAGUCUUUCGACUUUUUUCUGUAAAGAUAAAGUAUGCUCGCUCGAUGAAGUGAAAGAUUCAGUUUUGGACUACGCUGUACUAAGCUGAAGUCGCAUUCCGUUGCAAAUAAAAAUUAGAAGUAACUAAUAAUCGCUACUACAAAAACAAGUAUUCGACUCGAUGCGCAAGGGUAGGGCUCCGAUGCUUGCUAUCACUUCUCGUCUAAAGCAGCAGUUCGAUACAAGACGUGCUAGUUCUCUCAAUUCUUUUUGCUGGUCUUUCCGCGGCGCACCUUUUGGGGCGAUGCUCCUGCCUGGGGAGCUAUCGUGCCACCACCGCCCCCUUGUUGUUGCUGCUGCUGUCCCUGUUGUUCCUUGGGAGGCUCUUCUGGCACCUGAAGGACUUGCAAAAUCAUCAUCGGCAGAAUGAUGUACCAGUACUUCGAGAAAAACCCAAAAGGACCGGGAGGGGUGGUGGGUGCCUCGGGAUCCUGGUAGGAUUCACCGUCGUCGGUCCCGCCUCGCUGCUCCCCACUUCCCCCCGGUGGCUGUUUCACAAAGGCAAUCCCCGGCGGGGGUUUCGACUGCGGCAGGAUGUUUUUGAUGGUCAUGGCGGGGGUGUCCAGCUGGACCGAUACCCUGCUCGAAAAGGACCUGGUGGUGCCGUCGCUCUCGUCGUCGUAAUCGUCGCAGUUCUUGGGUGCCAGGGGACUGACCAGUGGCGUGUAGGCAAAACUGGUCAUGGGAUCCUGGCGAUCAUCCAGGCUGCUGCGUGGUAGCGUCACGUCGAACUGAUCCUUAAAAUUGGCCCGCCGCAGGUUACAGGCCGGAACCGUCUGGAAGACAAAGCUGUUCUCGUCGUCCUUGCUCUGGAUCUUGAUGUGGUACCACCCGUACUCGAGCAUGGAUCGAAUAUCGCCCGCCGUCAGAUUGGCGCUGGCAUCAUCGUUGAGGAUCUGGAACUCCUUUUUUCCGUCGUCGUCUUUGCUUUCGUCGACGGGGGCGGGGCCCCACGUGAGACUCCCACGACGGACAAAUUGUUGGUUGGCAUCCCACGAGUGAUAAAUCGUCCAGGAGAGCCCAACAUCUUCGGCGGCGAGAACCUCGACCGGUGACAGCUGCACCGCCGACAAGAGCGCCAAUAUGGAAAGGACAGAGGACACCAUUGCGCUUUUGCCCUAGAAAGAAUCGACGUAAGCUAACUCUACCGAUAACGUAUUGUUCGAUGUUCAGAGUUUGUUGUCCGCUGUCGACCCGUCGUUGCGUGUAUGACCUCGGGACGUGCAAUAAAUCGCUGAUGAACUG